UGUUGGUUGCUGAUCUUUGUUGUAAUGGCUCCAACUGUACUCGUCUGGCUCUGCCUUUUGCAUUGCUGCCUUCCCUUUGCCCACACCUGCCUGCAGUGUGAUCCGCUGGUGCAAGAAUUAAACAAUAACGUUUUAAAAGCAUUCUCCAAUGCAUCAGUGGAUACUGAUGAAAUUAUGCGCUACGUAAAUUACUUCUUUGCAAAGACCAGCAGAUACUCCUAUGGAGUAAUAGAUGCCACCACACUGUCGAAAGCGAGUGAGGAGUAUCGGGCAGAGAUUUCCAUGCUUCUGCGUGACGUUUCUCUCCAUGUUGAACAAGAAGGAAGGAAUGUCAUCAGUGACAUGCUAGACAAAGGGAAUAGAAUUCUACAAGAACAUCUGGAAACCUUUGUCCAUACAGGUCUUUGCCCAAACAGUUGCGGGUUGCUAAAUCAGAGAGUCAUAAACUGUGAGACCUGUGCCUCUCAGAUACGCACCUGCCCCUCUCCACUCGGCCGGGAUACCUGUGGCACAGGGUAG